CACGGUGGGGCGCUGUGGUGAGACAAAAAAUGAUGGUAACCACAAUAACACGACGAAAUAUCGCGUGACUUCCAUUACUGUCGUGAGGGGUUGAUGCGAGGAAGUGGAAAUCAAAAUUAUUGAUCAAUAUUUUUAGAAAAUCGUAACAGGCGAUAUUUACGUUCACCGCCUAUUAAUUUAUCGAGUAGAACGCGGGGGAAACUACAAAGACAUACGCUACCGUUCGGCUACUGCCAACGGGCACGGUAUCAGGCAGCCCAAGGGAAUUUUUAAAUUUCCGAUAGCUGUUUUUGCUAACUAUGCUAGCGCUAGCAGGUUAGCUUUGUUUACAUCAGGCGCGCGCCAGGACCGACUUGCUAGCAUACUUGCUAACAAAGCAAUAUAUCCACUUUAUUAAAACAUACUUGUAUAUAUUAUUUAUCAACAACGAGUGAUUAUUAACGUGAUUAUAUCAAUUUCAUGGCCGAGUUUAGGCUUUCGUGCGAAGCGUUUAGCUGACACCGCGAGCUACGCAAUGCUAAGCGUCCCUUUGACGAUGGCUCCGUUUACGUUUGCUGUUAACGUCGAGCGUUCGCUACGGAUAAUGUGAACUAAUUAUGACAACAUAUAAGUGACUUCAUCGGGUACUUUCUUGCAUCAGAAGGAUAUCCUGAAGCGAAGCUCAAAUAAAAGGGGGACCAGCGAUGCUAACGCUAAGCUAGCCACCUGCUGAGCUAGCGUGCAGCGAUCAUGGCGUUAGCAUGCUAGUUCCCACACGAUUGUGACACGAAACGCUCGAUUGAGGUCCUGCUGUUUUCUUUAUUUCUUCUCAUUAACCCCGAAACUGGACUAGCUUUAAAGCGGGCAGUGAGUGUGUGGAUAUUUGACUCCCGGAGGCGGCGAUGAACCCAGUCAACGCAGCCGCCCUGUACGUGUCCGCCAGCCGGGCUGUGCUGCAGUGUGACCCGCGGCAGCCGCACACUUUCUCCGACAUGUACACCCUGCUGCCCUUCUUCCGCCAAUCGCUUGCAUGCCUCGUCUGUGGUAAGCUGCUGCAGGAUCCCAUCUCUCAGACACAUCCCGAGUGUCAGCAUUAUGUGUGUUUGGGCUGCAAAGGGCAGAAGAUGCAGAUCAGGCCGUCGUGCAGCCGCUGUAAGGACUAUUCUGGCUUCCAGGAGAACAAGCAGCUCUCCUUGCUGGUGCAGCUCUACAGGAAGCUCUGCCUCUAUGUCACACACUCGCCUCUGCUGCAGUCCAUCAGUAGCCAUGCCGGCGGCAACCCAGAGGUCAUGGCCCUGCUGGAGGAGGCGCUCCCAUCACAGGACCAGGAGAUGGAGGAUGCCGGCCUGGAUGAGCCGGAUCACUCCGCCGUGGAGUCCCUGACCCCCACGGAGGCACCACCCGUUCCUGCCGAGCUCUCGGCUGCGCCACAGAGCUCCUCAUCUGACCCGCCCUUCUCCAACGGACCACAGGAAUGCAACGGAGAACUCCUGGAGAGCCUGGACCCCUCCUCUCCUGAGCUGGAAGUGUGCGAGCUGAUAGAGGAGCAGCCCCCGGUGGGACUCUCCGUGUCUGACACCGCGACCCUGGAACUGAGUCUGACCACUGGACCCUUCGCCCCCACUCCGGGCACCGUGUGCUCACUCAGGGACGGGGACUUGGGUGGCAGGGAGCUGGAGGAGGGUGAGGUGCUGCUCCUCAGCGUGGAGGAGGUUCUACAGACACUAGAUCCCCUGCAGCCGGGACCCGACGCUCCUCUUGUGCUGCCGCAGAGGACACACACUCACACGCACAUAUCCACAGACAGAACGCAAAUGUACCUGCAGCUGGAGCCAGCACACAACUAUACACAGGUGCAAACAGACAGGACUCACAGCCACGGAGCCCCGGUGUACUCCUCUGCCUCGUUUGCGCCACCUGUGGCCUCCAAGCCGCCACCCGUGCGCCUUAAACGCAAGCGAUCGCGGUCAGAGAGUGACAGGGAGAAGGUGAAGCCCCUCCCCAUCGCCUCCAUCCUGCAGGGCUCGUCCUUGCCCAUACAGACACAUCACACCACUCACGCCCCGCAUGCUCAUCACCCACCCGCCACGCCCUCCUUAAUUGCACCAGCACACACCUACUCUUCCCUCCCGCUUAAUGGGGCGCCCCCAAAGACCAGCCGACCCGCCCAGAACCACAGCAAAGGCCCCCGCAAGCACGGUGACAUGGGUGGCAAGAAGCCGCACACCAAGGCGCGCUCCAGCGGCGGCGCCAAGAACAAGGAACGCAGCAAAGACCAGCGGCUGCAGCUGUCCAGCUGUCUGGUGCCCCCAGCCCAGGUCAGGGCCCCCUACAAGAAACCUGUGGAGAAGAAAGGCUGCAAGUGUGGGCGUGCCACUCAAAACCCUUCUGUGCUCACCUGCAGGGGGCAGCGCUGCCCUUGUUACUCAAACCGCAAGGCGUGUUUGGACUGCAUCUGCCGCGGCUGCCAGAACUCCUACAUGGCAAACGGCGAGAAGAAGCUGGAGGCCUUUGCCGUGCCCGAGAAGGCGCUGGAGCAGACACGUCUCACGCUGGGCAUCAACCUCACCAGCAUCACGGCAGCGGCGGCGCUCCGCAGCCCGGCCGGGAGCAGCAUCCGGGCCAACACCCUCCUCAAUGUUGCCACAGCCACCGGCACCCCCGUCACCACCGCCUUUCUUUCACCCAGCCCGCCACAAGAACCCUCCUACGAGGACAGCCUGGAGCUGCUCAUCGGAUAAAAGGCGGGGGACUCCUCUUUAAAAAAAAAACAAAAAAAAAAACUAAAAACGGGAGAACUCUUGGUGCUGAUUGAAUGUUACUUAACAGCCCGCACCUCCCCUCCCUGCCUGAAGGGGGCGUGGUAGGCAUCCAUGGCAGCUAUGGCUUGUCCUGUCAUCUGCUGCUGCUCUUAUUCUUCUGAGUAGUGAGACUAGCAUGGGUGUGCCAAAGCCUUCUGUAUCGUGCCUGUGUGUGUGUGUGUGUGUGUGUGUGUAGUUUAACGGUUAUCCUAGAGGUGCUUUAUUUUAUCAUAUGUUUUUCAUCUCCACACAGGCCACCGGAGAAGGCUGAAGCACCCUCACACCAGGUGUCAUUGUAGGGCUGGACUUUUCCAGCGCGUCCAUGUCAUCAUGUCAUCAUAGCACUUGACUGACCCGAAAGCACUUAGUGUCAAUUAUAACGAGCAUUGGUUACCAUAGCAAUAGAAACACACACACACACACACACACACAGUUGUUUAUAGUACUUGCCUCUAAACGAUUACACUGCAAUGUUUUCCCCAGCAUGAGAUUGUACACUGCUGUGUGUCUGUAGAUUCAACUCAAGCCAUAAGACACCGCCAUGUUGUUGCGGCACGGCCGUGAGACCACAUUUUGUUUCUUUGUCUACCAAGAAAUUUGGUACCAUUUUUCUGUUUAAAGCACCUCCAGGUUGUGUGUGUGUGUGUGUGUGUGCGCGCGUGUGCGCGCGUGCAUCUUGUCGUCUUCACUGUAACCGCAACAUGUGACGGUCCCCAAAAAAAAGACUGAAAAAAAGACGACAGAGUCAGGACUCUUGCUAUAGAGCAUCUUUGUUCUCUAUUUACAAGACGUAGCUGAUCAGCAGAUUUAAUGUACCCAUAUGUUUGUGUGUGUGUGUGUUUCCAAAUGUAUUUCUUUUUGGGCAUUACUUGAACCCCCCCAUUUCUCCAGGUUUAGUUUUAGAUCUUUUUUUUUAAAUUGCUAAAACUUUUGUUCGAGGAGUUCUGAAACAUUCACUGCCAUAAUAUGGAAACAUGUCAUGCAAACGGGAAUUAAAAGAUAGUUUUUUACUUUUUCA